AUGCAGCAAAGCCCAGAUGGCCGUCUGGACCACGUCGUUGAGAAGAAGAAAGCCAUGGCCAAAGCAGCUCUUCGCCGGCGUGGGAGCACCGUUACCUUGCAGGCAGUCUUUGAGUUGCAGACGCGCUGGGUGUCAGUGUUCAUCAACGACACGGCGGGUGGACAAACAUGUGAUGUCACAUCCUUCUGCCCUGUGAUUCUGACGGAAGAUCAGUGCCAGCACUUCUCUUCGCUGCCCAACCUCUUCACGCAAUGUUCGUAUGGCCAGCUGCUGUACCAAGUACCCGGAAAGCCGCAGGACCGCUUCUCAAAAUUCAACUUCCCGAUGCUUGUCUGGCCAAGCUUCGAGUCGCACAUUCAGUCGCCAACCCCAGGGGAGCGAACCUCGGUCUACGCCUGCUAUGCCGAGAUGGCUGAGAUGGAAUCCAUGCCCUUUGAGCAUCCCGCAAAUGAUCGAGCCCGUCGGCAGCCCAAGCUUGAACUCUCACGGCAAGUUGUGGAGGCGGUGAUCUGGGCAAGGCUGUUCAAUCGAUUUGUGCUUGGCCUAGUGUACGUAGCCUUGUGUGUCACCCAGGCCCUGGAACAGAAGCAAGUGGCCAUGCAAGCGCGGGGCUGGGUGGAGAAGCAAGCAAAGCUGUUGGGACAUCUCGCUGAUGGGCUGGAGUGGUUUACCCUCUUCGAGACGGCCUCGGACUGGAUUGAAAGCUGCACGACCACAGCAACCAAGCAGUCCAUUCUUCCGCCCAUCCGCGAAGCAGCUGCUGAGAUGGGUUGUCUGGAUGAGUGGAGGGGAUCCACCUCUGCCAUUUCCGCUGCCUGCGAGAUGGAGCAGGAGGAUGCGGAAACACUUCUAGCGAAGGGCUUUGGCUGGUCAACCUGGUUGGCGGUGAACCGAGCCGAGUACCUGAAGCCAGAGGUGCCGCGCCCCUCGCAAGUGGCAGAGUCUCUCCGCUGGCUGGCAUCUGGCCCUCUCACCCUGACUCCCGCAGAGCUGAGGGCAGUCAUUCAGGGAAGUCCUAAAGCCUCGCUCCGCAACCCGGCGGCUUCCUAUGAGGAUGCCCUGGCAACAGCCCCCGAGGAGUUUCAGCAUCCAUCAGCAUUCCGACAGCUGCUGGUUCGUUGCCCAAUAGUCUUGGAGCCUUGGAAGAACUACCGCUGCUGCGCAUCUGAGCCAUUCUUUGAAUACUUUCUCAUUUUCUUGGACUGGAUUUCCGGCACCGGCAAAUCUAAGGAGCUUAGCUUCCACUGUGGACACAGCUGUGCGGCUGCCUGCUCCCGAUGCUGGUGCCCAGCCAUGCAUCGUGUCAAGAAGGCCAAGGAAUCCUGUAGCUUUGUUGCAGCCAUCAGAUACCUGGGAAGCAUAGCUGCCGCGCAGGCCGUAGGUGAGAAACUGGAGGACGCCGAGACGAUCUCCGUGUUGAGCUCGGCCGGGGUUUCUGCUCGGAUCGCCAAAACCGGAGAGCAGCCGCACUGGCGCUCUUUCGCACAAUGCGUCUUAGAAGCUUGCGGCUUACAGUUGCCAGAAGAUGGUGAGUACGUGUGUGGUACAGCGGUCAUUCAGGCAGUCUCCUUUCUGCGAAAGAUGAGGCAUUUGGACAAGCAGUCCAUUUGGCUGCCAGAUGUUCGCUGGUUUGUUUGCCAGGGUGUUGCAGCGAAGACAGCAAACGAAGGCUUCACCGCCGCAAAAGCCAUGCUGCAUGGCGCAGAAGACAAGCAGGUCAUAAUCGCGGCGCUUGCUGGAGCUGUCAACAUUGCCCAAAUCUCAGCUUUGGCCGUGAGCUUACAGGGCACUCCGAGUGGUCUCGAUGGCGUUCAAGAUCCAGCCUUGGUUCGUAACAUCCUACGAACGCUGAUCAGGAUGGUUGCCUUUGAGGAUUGCCCCACGCGUUUUGUGGAAUCUCAGCACACUUCGUCAGAGCUCAUGCGUCACCCUACCGCGAGGGUCUUCCGGUGUCACAUCCCAAUGGCCACCACUUUGAGUGUGGAGUUGGAUCCUAUUCCGAUUGGCCGCGGCGCUGUCAAGAUCUUUGUGGAAGGCCGCAACCGUCGGUGGGACAUCCUCUCAGCAUCUGUUCGAUAUUUUGUUGCAGGAGAUGUCGCAGCCCUGUUCAACAAGAGCAUGCAAAUGAAGGCCCGACGACGCUUCACAACUACUACCAUGUGCCCGCCAUUCUAUGGAUGUUUGAGAAGUGUGAGGUUGGCCCGUCCACGCCCACAGUAA